AUGUUGUUAAUAGUAUUCUAUCUUGUGCUGAGUGCUCUUGCGGCAAAUUGUGAAACAGAAGGCAAUAAAAGCAAUUGUGACAGCGGUCGCUGUGAAAUGGUUGGCAUUGUUGAAGUCUGUACUCAGUGCAAGACAAAUGGACACGUCCCUAUUGACGGAGUAUGUACGCCAAAGAACGAAGCAGAUGCUAAUUGUAAGAAGGAUGGAGGGAGUCCAUUAGAUCAAGACGCUAAGAUCUGCGGGCAGUGUGCUCAAGGAUACUUCCUUCAUAAAGGUGGAUGCUAUGCAAUUGGUGGAAACGUUGGACGCAUCAUCUGUAAUGAUCCUACUCCUACACUCAAAGGGCGCAAUUCUGUUGAGGGUGUUUGCUCAGCGUGCAAUUCUACCAGUGGAUUCUUUAAGAAUCCUGCCAAUGUAGCUAAUAAGGAUUCGUGCAUAGCAUGUGAUGAUACAACUGGUGAUAGUGGCAAUGUAGGUUUGGAAGGAUGCGCCACUUGCCAACAUUCUGGUUCGGGAGCAGCCACAUGCUUAACAUGUAAAGAUGGAUACUAUGAUAAUAAUCCAAGUCAGGAUACUGUUACAUGUGCAUCAUGUACGGAUGACUGUAAGACUUGCAUAGAUACUGGAAAUGCUAAAUGCACAUCUUGUCAGACAAAAUAUUUAAAAAUUACGGACCCUAAUGGUGUGUUUGGGGAAUGCGUUGAUGAAAACACAUGCAAACAGCCAGGAACCCACUUUCCGAUAACAACUACAGAUAACAUAAAGGUAUGUGCUCUUUGUAGCGAUGCGGAGAAUAAGGGCGUAGUUGGCUGUGCUAAAUGUACCUCGACCCCAGCAAGUGAUUCCGGCAAUGCAAUCAUUGUUAAAUGCAUAGAAUGCACAACGCCAGAUACCACCAAACCCAACUUUGCCGGGACAGGGUGCUUUGCUUGUUCUGCAACAGAUUGCUCUAAUUGCAGUGCAGAUAAUGUUUGCGAAAAAUGUGGGAAAGGAAAGAAGCUGAGCCCUUUAAAGGAUAGUUGUUUAGAUAGUUGCCCUGCUGGCACGCACAACAAGGAUAACGUUUGUGUCCCUUGCCACACAUCUUGUGCAGAAUGUGCAAGUGAUUCUGUGGGAGAAAGCUCAUGUACAGCUUGCUAUCCUGGAUUUGCAUUGCGCAAAGGCGAGGACGAGGCUACCGGGGCAUGUAUUCCAGAAUGCACGGGAAAGUACGCAGAAAACUGUGAAGCUGGCCAGUGCACAGCCAUCGUUGGAGGCUCCAAGUACUGCAGCAAGUGCAAGGCUGGAUACGUUCCAGUGGACGGCGUCUGUGUGUCGACAACAGCAAGGACGCCGACUGGAUGCACGCCAAAUGAUAACAAUGAUGGAACAUGUAAGGAAUGCACAACCACAUACUUCCUGCAGUCUGGCGGGUGUUACAAUGCACAGACAUUUCCGGGCAAAUUGCUAUGCACAGCGGCCACUGGCAACGGGCAGUGUCAGACAUGUGCAGCCAGUGGACAAAGCCCAGCUGGAGGAAAAUGUCCGGAAUGUUCUGAGGGCUGUGCAAAGUGUACUGACUCUAACACUUGUAACGAAUGCUUUUCAGGAUAUUACAAAGGUGCUGGUAAUAAAUGCUUUAAAUGUACCGAUGGUGACAAGGCUAACUCUGAUGCAAUAACUGGUGUAGAGAACUGCGUAAGCUGCGCGCCUCCAAUUAGUGGCAAUGGUGGCUCUGUCAUCUGCUACGUCAAGACGGAUGGCACUGGCGGUGGUGAUAAUGAUAACAACACCGGCGGAAGCACGAACAAGAGCGGCCUUUCCACGGGCGCCAUCGCAGGCAUCGCUGUGGCUGCUGUCAUCGUUGUAGGAGGCCUUGUGGGCUUCCUCUGCUGGUGGUUCAUCUGCAGAGGAAAGGCGUAG